AUGACGCAGCAACACGAUCUGGAGGCAAAACCCCAGAAGGAAGAAUCUCGAGCCUCCGACCUGCUUCAGGUGCACCCUCCGAGAGGAAAAGAAUCUCGAAUUUCUGCGGUGGAGGUUUCCAAUGUGCAAAGCCGCUUAUUGGAGAUUGAGAUGCUUCUUGGGCUUAGCUCGACACGGAACAAAGCUAACAAAUGGAGGAAAAUUGGAUCCCAACAAUUAGUUUUGGACAGUGACAUUCCAGACGACAUCAUGCCGUUCCAACUCCCCAAGGAUGUCUACUCGAUUGUGGCAACUUGUGGCGUGUCAUCACCAUCAUUUUGGAUUGCUUUGCUAGUCAUAUUUGGUCUCCAAAUCUCGCUGCUUGUGCUCCUGCUCCUCGAUCAAAUCGGACUUGAAGAUGAUAACGUGUUGGGUACACCAGCCAAUGUUGAAGUAAUUGUUCGCGCUGCUCAAGUACUCGCACUAGUGAUUGCCUUAUUCAGCCAAAGUGAUCUUCGGCAAGGUGUAGAGGGAAUUUCAGAAGGAUUGCCAGACAUCUAUCAAGGCAAUGACAGCUUUCAAAGCAUGGGUCCAGCGCGGUGGCAUUUUGCUUAUGCCAUUCGGUUUCUCCAAGGAUUUGUCAACCUGUUUGCAUCAUUUGUCUUGCUGCUUCAGGCUGAGACUGUGUUCGACGUAUUGCUGAAUUUCCUGGGCGUCCAGUUCAUAUCGGAUCUUGACGAUCUAGCAUUUGAUCUGGGUGGAAAAGGGUACUUUGGAUACUCGGCGCAACAGGUUAUCCACGACAUUAUGCAAGCAAGAUUCCUUCGAGAUUCUACAAGUCACAAAUGUCGUACUUAUGCACACGUGAUUGGCAUCUUUGCCGUGUUGGUUGUCAUGGUCGGUAUCUUCUCAAACCUGGCCAUUCAACAAGACCAAGGUGUUUUUGCAAUUGAGUCUGUGACAGCUGAAUUUGGCGACGAGGUGAUCUCGUUCAUGGGUCUCUUCAAUGGUUGCUACAGAGCCAGAAAGGAAGGUCCGGCCCUGAAUAGGCGACUGGUCUAUGAACAGAUUGGAUCAGAGGUAGAUGGUGGCAAAUUUGGAUAUUGCGAUAACCUCGAAGAGGCGUCAUCUGAGGGCUGGGUGUUCUUUCAAGGCAACUCAGUGGAGGAUGCGUGCGAGAAGUACAUUAUCCGGUCUGACAAAACCAACACAUUUGAUUUACUGGAUGCAGCGGCCACCCAAUGGUAUACAAAAGGUGGUCAGCUUGUUGAUUACCUGCAGGUGUCGCAGCUCCCAGAGGAUUCAAUGUCAAGCGAGUGUGGCUUGGGAAUCUUUCGUCGAACCAAUAAUACCUGUGACCUACUAGAGCUACCCACAAGAUUCGACAGUCUACAAGGUACUGGUUCGCGGCUGUUUGAGAAGCUGGACGUGACUUCAGUACAGGUUGGCGCCUACCUUGAUACAACACAAUCCCACCCAAUCUAUCUCGGCAAGUCAUCGUCGGAGAUUAUCCUCUUCACUGGUCGUAGAUGGGUGAUGACUACGACAGAUGAAGGGAGUGAACAGUUUUCAAGCGUCAGAGAUGGCUCAAAGUGGAACCAUACUGCAGUACUUGAUUACUUUUACAAUCAAGGCUUUCCGGCAAUGGAACAAAGCAAACUUAAAAGUCGUGAAUGGGUCUCGGCCAUUAGCGAAAUUGUUGAUACCACUACUGAUCCUGGAACACCAUUGGCCUUACAGUGGUACAAUGUGCGAUACGAAUCAAACACGGGCCGAAGUUUCCCAUUUGCAGACCUUACCAGGCCCCAAGAGGCCAAACUGGGCUGUGCACGGUGUGAUGAUGAGUUUGUUCGUUGUGCGAAUGAAGGCGUUUGCGUUAAUGGGGUUUGCGAAUGCCAAAAUCGUGCUACUGGAGUACUCUGCGAGGACGCUCCUUUGGGAGACGGGCUUUGCGACGAUUAUUUCAACACGGCCGAUUUUGAAUACGACGGCGGGGAUUGCUGUGGAAGCACAUGUACCGGAGCACUAUGUGGGCGAGGUGGUCUGAGUGUCGCUUUUGGUGUCGAUCUGAGAGACAAUACUUUCGUAAGCCAGUACCUGAAAGAUGAAACUGUUAUUGGAUUUGAAAACUGCAUUGAUCCUGAAAUGGAGACGUUUACAAUUGAAAUGGUUCCUGUCGACGUACCCCUUUACGAGAUUCCCAUGACGGCUGGAGAAGACUGUGGUCUCGAAUCCGUGACAGUAAUUUGCGAUGGUGUCCUAUAUCUUCGAACCCCCAACCUGUACAUGGCUGAAAGUGUUGACGAGGUGGAAAAAUGCCACGAAGAUGCUCCUAUGAUUCAGCCAAUUCAUUUGCCGGCCGGAGUGAAUUGUGAGUUGUCAAGACCGUUGGAUGACUUUGAAUGGUUUUAUGAUGCUUUACUUUUUCGAGGGAAUACUACAGAUUCAACCAGUAUCCGGCGAGGAAACAACUCAGCAACUUCUCUAUCAUGGUCGGUACCAGCUGAAUGCCUUGCUGAAGUUUUUACAGAAUAUUUUGGCGACGUCGAUCGACUCUACGAUACAAACUCUCCCGAAGGUGCUGCAAUCCAACGCAUGGCUUCCGAUGGAACUUCAGCUCUGUUGUGCACUCUUGAUCAAGAUCUGGUUAAGGAGAGAUACGCAUUGACAAUGCUCAAUGUCUCACUUGUCUUUGAGUCUCGAACUUGGCAAGAACACCAGUGUUAUGGAUGGGGAUCAGGGUCAGGUGGGAUUGAUAUCAUCUGUAAUGACGACGACAAAGUUGUAUCAAUCGAAAAUGCCGGAACUUUUGGCAUUGCGAUGAUAGGAGGUACAAUCCCAAGCGAGCUCUUUCUGCUGCCGCAUUUGUCGAACCUUGAUCUUCACAACAAUGAUGAUCUCUUUGGAACAUUGCCAACAGAAAUUGGUUUGCUUAAUUCAUCUUUGACACGUCUAAAUCUGAAUGGAACAGGAAUUAGGGCACCACUGCCAAUAGAAUUUUUUAAGCUUUCAACAUUGGCAUAUCUUGAUCUUGGGCUUUCUUUUGAGGGCACAAUUCCUACUGAAAUCGGAUUGCUCUCCGAACUUACGCACCUGAACUUUGAGUCGGUGGAUUGGAAUCAGAUUGCCAUCAAUGGAACGUUGCCUACAGAAAUUGGGAAGCUUACGAAGCUCUCGUAUCUCAAUUUGCAGAGCAAUUCUUUGACUGGAACAAUGCCGACGGAAAUUGGUCUGCUCUCCGAACUCGGGUACUUGAACCUUGAGGGUGGAGGAUGGUCAGAUGGGCUCAAUGGGCCACUGCCCAGUGCAGAAAUUGGGAAGCUAACGAACCUCUCCUAUCUUAAUUUGCAGGGAAAUGCUUUCACCGGAUCACUCGCAAGUGAUAUUGGGCUUCUUACAAGUUUGACAUCGCUUGACUUGCGUAGCUGCAACUUAUCUGGAAAGAUUCCGACAGAAAUUGGACUGCUCGAUGGCCUAGUCGAACUGUAUUUGGGAAACAACAUUCUCAGGGGAAUCGUACCUACUGAAAUUGGUCUCUUGACCAAUCUCAGCACCUUGGAUCUAGCUUCGACCGAUCUAAGUGGAACAAUCCCAAGUGAAAUCUUGCAGCUGCCAAAGCUUGAUCAAAUUCAGUAUUCUGGAAGUCGCCUGACUCUUGAUGUGACAGACCCAGACUUCUCUUGUGAUGAAACGACUGUAGAACUUUUAUUAACAACACAAAAUUGGCCCGCUGAAGUAACAUGGGAAAUCACCAAAGAUGAUGGCACUGUGACUGCAUCGGGUGGCGGUAGCUCCCGGUACCCAUUCCGUCGGACUCCGCACCUCGAAAAGAUUUGUGUUCCAUCGGAUGCUUGCACCUUUACCCUUCUGAACCAAGGCGAAGAGAGUGUUGAAAUCAUACGAUUGGGGGUAUUCUACCAGUUCAUUCAGACGUGGGCAGAGAGGGCUUCCAUGGAUAUAUGUACAUAA